CAAAAAGAAGAGCUAACCGUGGGAGCUGACUAUUAUACAGUAGUAUCUGCAUCAUCCAUUAGAUGCCAAGUAACCAAACUUGCCGCUCGACCCAUGCCCAAGAUCCUUGUCGGAGUGAUCGGAAUACGCGAGUUUGAGGAAUGGCAACUGUGCAAGUGGGUCGAUCGUUCAGGCACUACUGCUGUAAAAAGAACUGGAUUCACGCACCUCCUCUUUCCUGUAUUCUUCCAUUUCAAACAACAGAUGAAAGGAAGUUCAUCCUUUUAUCUUAUGGAUAAGAGGUAGGAAGGACAUCAGAAACAAUGAUUUCCCCCUAUAUCGAACCAAAUGUGCUUGGCUUGGUGAAACUGUCGGCAGUACUUCUUCCAUUUUAUCUGCUGGGCCACGCAGUGUACAAUUUGUUCUUCCACCAGUUGCGACACUUUCCUGGACCUCGUCUGCAGCACAUUUCCUACCACGCCUACGCCUAUAGGCUUUCCCGUGGAACUCUUGCCCACGACGUGGCGAAAUGGCAUAGGAAGUAUGGCCCCGUGGUGCGCAUUUCGCCGGAUCAGCUCUCCUUCAUCGAACCUGAUGCAUGGAAGGACAUUUGUGGCCACCGCACCGGCUCCAAAGCAAGCGUUGAGGAGAUGCAAAAAUGGCCCGGCUUCUACGUUGUAAACGGUCGCCCACGUACCAUAAUCAACGAGACCAAGGAGAACCACACAAUCCUCCGACGCAGUCUGGCCCACGGUUUCAGCGACCGCUCCAUGCGCCUGCAGGAGCCCAUGAUCGGCAGCUACGUCGACUUGCUGAUCCGACGCCUCAAGGAGCGUUGUCAUUCGGAGCCGACUUCGGACCGGCCCGGUGGCCUCACCACUCGCCAGGACAUCAAGACUUGGUACAAUUGGACGACUUUUGACGUGAUUGGCGAUUUGGCAUUCGGGGAGUCCUUUGACUGUCUUGAAAAGGCCGAGUACCAUCCGUGGGUCGACACCAUGAACAAAACCGCAAAGAAUUUUGGCGCCUUUAUGGCCCUCAAGCUCGUCGGCUUCCACUGGCUCGUGACUGCUAUUCUCAAAUACGGGCUUUCCAAGACUCGCGAGGAUCACGAGAGGAGGACCAUGGCCAAGAUUGAACGCCGCGCCUCGUUGACGAUAGAGCGCCCUGACCUGAUUGAGGGCCUGCUCCAGCUCAAAGGUUUGAGAAAGGAGCAAAUUCGAAUCACCGCCGGCACGCUGAUCAUUGCAGGAUCUGAAACAACGGCUACUCUGCUCUCCGGAGUCACCUACCUGCUUCUAAAGAACCCCGAGAAACUCGCUAGGCUCAACGAGGAGGUUCGGUCCGCGUUCGUUGACGACAAGGAGAUCACGCUAAUGUCUGUCGCGAAUCUACCUUAUAUGCUGGCCUGCCUGGACGAGGCCGCGAGGCUUUACCCGCCCGUUGCUGGCGGUACCCCGCGUGUGGUUCCCGCUGGGGGUGCAACCAUUGCUGGGACAUACGUUCCUGAAAAUACUGUCGUCAGUGUGUGGCAGAUGGCUGCAUACCAAAAUGAGCAAAACUUCCACGAUCCUUUUAGCUUCAAGCCCGAACGAUUCCUUGAACGGGACAGCAAGGUCAACACACGUGACAGGUUCGAAGUUUUGCAGCCCUUUUCGAUCGGCCCCAGGAAUUGCAUUGGCCGAAACCUUGCCUACGCCGAAAUGCGCCUCAUCCUGGCCAAAAUCUUGUUCAACUUUGACAUUGAGCUCGUGGACAAGGAAAAGGACUGGCUCGAUCACAAGAGUUAUGUGCUUUGGGAUAAGCCAGCCUUGGACAUUUAUUUAACCCCGGUCAGACGAUAGAAUUUCCUGCAGCUGGAUCUAUACUGGAUGUGAUUUUGCAGCAUGUAAUGUCAUUUUAAGCACUUUCAUCUCAUGACUCGUAAAAUUUAAAAUUUUAGAAUUUUAAAAUUUGACAUGACCUUUUUUUCCUUUUUUUUGUUUUUUUUUUUUUGAAAUGAAAACAAGUGCGGUCUCAGACUUGGUCUAGUCCUC